AUGCUGGCAGCUAUUAGGAGAUUCAACACAGUGGCAAAACAAUCUGCACGUCUAACGAAAUUCUCUCUUCAACCCCCAAAAUAUGUAGAAGUAGAAUUUGCCAAUGGUAGUGUAUUCAAGCUGUCUGCCGAAUUUCUCAGAAUAAAUAGUCCGGCAGUUGAUGGAAAAAUCCGAUCAAUUGGAGGUGAAAAGGUGAUAUCUGGAAGACGCCGUGUGGGAAUUAUGUCUGCUGAGCCUGUAGGAAACUAUGGGGUAAGACUCAAUUUUGAUGACUUGCAUAAAACUGGUAUUUAUUCCUGGGAUUAUUUCUACCAUCUAGGAAGCAACAAGUUUACCCUUAUGAGAAAUUACAUUCAAACACUGAAGAAAUACGGACUUAGUCGAGAUCCACGAGGAAGAAAAUGA